AACCUGUAUAAUUUGGCAUGGCUGUAUCCACUAGGUACAAGAUAACCGAUAUUAUUGGGAAGGAAGAGGGACUUGGAGCAGAGAACCUUCGAGGUUCUGGAAUGAUUGCUGGAGAAUCCUCGUUGGCCUAUGAUGAGAUCAUCACCAUUAGCCUGGUUACAUGCCGGGCCAUUGGGAUUGGGGCUUACCUUGUCCGACUGGGACAGAGAACCAUCCAGGUUGAAAAUUCUCACUUAAUUCUGACAGGAGCUGGGGCCCUCAACAAAGUCCUCGGAAGGGAAGUGUACACCUCCAAUAACCAGCUCGGGGGCAUCCAGAUCAUGCACAACAAUGGGGUGACCCACAGCACUGUCUGUGAUGACUUUGAAGGGGUGUUCACUGUCCUGCACUGGCUGUCCUACAUGCCGAAGAGUGUACACAGUUCAGUUCCUCUCCUGAAUUCCAAGGAUCCUAUAGAUAGAGUCAUCGAGUUUAUUCCCACAAAGACUCCAUAUGAUCCUCGCUGGAUGCUGGCAGGCCGUCCCCACCCAACCCAGAAAGGUCAGUGGUUGAGUGGAUUUUUUGACUAUGGCUCUUUCUCAGAGAUCAUGCAGCCCUGGGCACAGACUGUGGCAGUUGGCAGAGCCAGGCUAGGAGGAAUACCCGUGGGAGUAGUUGCCGUGGAAACCCGAACUGUGGAACUAAGUAUCCCAGCUGAUCCUGCAAACCUGGAUUCUGAAGCCAAGAUAAUCCAGCAGGCUGGCCAGGUUUGGUUCCCGGAUUCUGCGUUUAAGACCUAUCAGGCUAUCAAGGACUUCAACCGUGAAGGGCUGCCUCUGAUGGUCUUUGCCAACUGGAGAGGCUUCUCUGGUGGGAUGAAAGUCUUGGGGCCUGAAGCUAAUUGUUCGGCGGUCGGAUCCAUGCCCUUCACAGAGCUGCUAGU